UGAUUUUUUUUUGAUUGUAAAAUUUCUCCACUUUUUUUUGUCGAGAAUCAUCUAUAGUUUUUAUUAAUUAAAUAUUUAAACUCAAACAAACAAACUAGAAAAAAUGGAAUUACCGUCGGCAAUGAUGAUAAUGUUGAUGUUGAUAUCAACCGUCAACACUUUAUUACAUUCAUCUUCACCAUUUUCAAAAGAAACUACUGAACAAGCUUCAAUAUCGACAAAUAAUAUUACUUCCGUGAUUUUGAAAUCAAUAAUAAAUGUAUCAACAACACUGCCACCACCACCAUCAUCAUCAACAACAGCAAAACAAAUGAAUACAACAAUAUUAAAAUGGAAACAGCAAUCACAUCAAAAUAUACCUACAAAUGUAAACAAUAAUAAUAAUAAUGAAAAUAAUCGAAAUCAAAAGAAUUCAAAUGUAUAUCGGUUUGAUUUGCCUGAAGAUGGGAAAACACAGAAUGUACGAAAAAUUUUAUCAUCAUCAUCAACAACAACAUCGACAAUGGAAAAAAAUAUUCAAACAAGUCCUGCAUCGAAUUCAAUUAUCAAUAUGCCCAAGAGAAUAAACUAUUUUGGUACACAACAGCAACCGAAUCAACAACAGCCAUCAUCAUCAUUAUUAAAUUUAGAUUUGAAAAACAAACAAAUUUACGGAACAAAAUCUACUGCUAAAAAUACAAUGACAAAUGUGAAUCAAAAUGAUGAUAAAAAUUGGUUACUAACAAAAGCAUGGCUUAUUGAUAAUAUUAAUCGAUUAAGACGUGAAUUAAGUGAAUUACAACGUGAUUAUGCAAAACAUAUUGAUGAUGUACAUCGUGAUAAUUUAAACAAUCAAAAACAAUUGAUUGAAGAUGUAACCAAAUUAAAAACUGAUCAUCAAUUUCUUUCACAACAACAAAAACAGAUUAUUUAUCUAAUUAAACGAAGUCAUUAUCUGAAGACAAAAUCAAAUGAUUUUAAAUUAAAAUUAAAAAUGGCUGAUGCACCCGUUCAACAUUCUUUAACAAAUACAAAAUCAACGCCUACAAUGGAAUUAUCCGAAAAAUUAAUGAAAAGGCCAAUGGUGAAACGAGAUAUUUCUCGACGAAAUAAAAAUCAACAAUUUAAUCAUUAUGAACAACAACAACAGCAACAACAAAAUGGAGAGAAAUUCGAAACCGAAACCAAACGUAAUAUGGAAGAGAUAUUUUCCGAAUUAUCAGCAUUACAUGAUAUAAGUUUGAUUUUAUUUGAUGAUUUAAAAACAUUGGAACGAAAAAUUGAUAUACGAGAUAAAUUUCUUGGAUAAAAAAACUUCUUUGGAACAGAAAAAAAAUGGAAGUCGUUUUUUUAAAUAUCAUUUUUUUUCUUUUUGUUGAAACUUUUUUUUUUAGUCACACACAACACAACCAACAUAUACAUCUACUUUGAGAAAAACCUACAUAGACAAAAAAUCAAUUUAAUUGUAUUGUUGACAUUUCAAAUCUUUUCAUUUCAUUGUUUUCUUUUCACUCUACUCUAUUGUAUCAGA